GUUGUGGCUGUGGGCACUGGGACUGGUGCUGUUGUGGCAGGUUGGAGAAGGAGGGGCUGGAGAGCAGCAUCUUCCAGCUGCAGCAGCAGCUCACCCAGCUCGAUGCCCGCAACCAACAGCUGGAGGCUGAGGGACGGAGCCUGCUGCAGGCCAAGGAGGCAUUGGAGGCGGAGCUGGGUGCCGCGCGGCUGGACCGGGAGCGGGAGCUGCAGAGCCGGCGCGAGGCCGUGGCCGCAGCCGAGACCGCAGCGGUGACCAUGGCCCUGCAGCGCGCCCGCGAUGGGCACCGCGCCGAGCUCGACCGCCUGCAGCACGAGAAGGAGGAGCUGGAAGCCGAGCGGGUCCGUCUCUCACGGGAGCAGGAGGUGCUGGCAGCCGAGCUGGCCUCGGUGCGGCAGCAGCACGAGAGCGAGAAGCAGCAGGCGCUGGUGCUGCAGGAGGAGGAGAGGGCUGCUCUGUCCGAGACAAUGCAGCGGCUGCAGCGGGGCCUGGCCGAGGCCACGGCUGAGCUCGAGCAGCAGCGCCGGGAGGUCUCCAGCCACCAGGAGAAGGAGGAGAGCCUGGCAGCGGAGCUGCGCUCCUUGCGGGCGCAGGCAGAGGAGACAGCAGCGACCCACGCACGGGAGGCCAAAACCCUCCGUGACCAAGUGACAGCAGCGGCCAAGCAGCGGGACGGAGCCCUGCGGGAGGCGGAGGAUGCGCGGGCGCAGCUGCGCCUGGUGGCGGAGGCGCGGGCCGCGGGGCGGCGGGAGCUGCUGCAGGCGCAGCGGGAGGCACGGGAGAGCCGGGAAGGCCGGGAAGCGCAGCGGCGGCAGGCGCAGGAGGCGCGCAGGGCGCUGGGGGACGAGGCGAGGGAGAAGGAGGCGCUGCGCAGGUCCAACGAGGAGCUGCGGGCGGCGCUGCGCCGCGCUGAGGGCGAGCGCAUCAGCCUGAAACGAGCCGGGGAGGAGAAGGAGCAGCGCCUGGCGCUGGUGGAGGACGGGCGGGCGGCAGCGGAGCGGGAGGUGACCGAGCUGCGGGCGGCGCUGCGGGAGCUGGAGCGCGCCCGCCUGGAUGCGCGCCGGGAGCUGCAGGAGCUGCGCCGCCAGGUGAAGGACCUGGACGGUGAGAACAGCCGCAGGAGCAGGGAGCUGGGCGAGCUGCAGGCGCGCGUGGCCCUGGAGGAGCAGCGGGAGCAGGAGAGCCGCCGCGAAGCCUUCGGCCUCAGGCAGAAGGUGGCAGAGAGCGAGGCCGGGACGGAGGCUGCCAGGAAGGAGCUCCAGCACCUGCAGCAGCGGCUCUCAGAGGCUGAGGCCGAGUUCCGGCAGCGGGAGAAGGCCCUGGCCCGCAGCCUGGAGGAGGCUCGAGGCAACGAGAAGAAGCUCUUGGCCGAUGCCCGCAACCUGCAGCUGAAGGUGGAUGCGGCGCGGGGCGAAGCGGCCGAGCUGAGCCUGCGCCUGAGUGCAGCUGAGGGCCGGGCGCAGGGGCUGGAAGCGGAGCUGGCGCGCGGCGAGGAGCUGCGCCGGGCCACCGAGAGCCGCCUGGGGGGCAUCCAGUCCGCCCUGCGCCGCACCAUGGGCAUCGGCCGCGCUCAGGCUGGCUCCCCCGGCAAGGGUGGGGGACUGGAGGGGUCACUGAGCCCCAGCUCAUCCCUGGACCCCGAUGCAGCAUCCGAGCCCGAGGCGGUGCGGGCAGCGCUGCGGGAUUUCCUGCGGGAGCUGCAGGAUGCGCAGCGGGAGCGGGAGGAGCUGCGGGUGCAGGUGGGCAGCCUGGGCCGGCGGCUGGCGGAGGCAGAGGAGCAGCGGGACAGCACCAGCGCCCGGAUGCAGCAGCUCCAGAAGCUGGUGGAUGAGAGUGAGGAAGGGCGCCGCAGCGGCGGGGAGCUGAGCAGCACACAGGCAGCGCUGCUGCUGCAGGAGGAGACGCUGGCACGGGGCGAGCGGGAGCGCCGGGCGCUGCAGGACAAGGUGGCUGCGCUGCAGCAGAGCCUGCGCGCUGCCGAGGGCGAGCGCCGCGCCGUGCAGGAGAGGGUGAGCGCGGAGCGAGCCGGGGAGCUCAGGGAUGCCAAGAGGAGGCUGGAGGUGGCCGAGAGCAGGAGCUCGCGCCUGGAGCUGCAGCAGAAGGUGCUGGAGGGGGAGCUGCAGCGCGCGCGCAUGGCCCUGGGGGAGCGGCAGGCGGAGGUGCAGGCGAUGCAGGAGCGUGCUGAGCUGCUGCAGAAACAGCUGGCAGACAGCGAGCAGCGCGCCGGCACCUUGCAGCAAGCGAUGCAGCGCCUGAGCACGGCACUGACGGACACCGGCUCCAGGGAUGCUGCGGCGGCGGCCGAUGUGGUCCACGAGCAGCUGCUGCAGCUGCGGAGCGCGCUGGCUGCGGGCGAGCAGGACCGCCGGGCGCUGCAGGAGGGGCUGGAGGUGGCGCGGCGGGCGCUGGCCGAGGCAAGGGAGGAGAAGGCGGCGCUGCGGGAGCAGCUGCAGGAGCUGCGGCAGGAGCGGGAGGUGCUGCAGCAGGGCAGGGAUGAGCUGGAGGCGCAGGUCCGGCAGCAGCAGGAGGCACUGCUGCAGCAGCAGCAGGAGGAGCACGGGGGGCUGCAGGAGCAGCAGGGGGGGCUGCAGCAGCGGGUGAGCAGCCUGCAGCAGGCCCUGGCCCGCGCGCAGCGGGAGCGGCGGGAGGCCGAGCGCCUUGCCCUGCGCCUCGAGAAGGACAAGGGGGCCCUGAAGAAGACCCUGGACAAGGUGGAGCGGGAGAAGCUGGAUGCUCAGGAGGCCUCGCUGCGGCUCUCUGCAGAGCAGGGCCGGCUGCACCGUUCCCUGCGCACGGCACAGCAGGAGCUGGCGGAGGCGCAGCACCGUGUGCGCAUGCUGCAGGCACUGGCACUGGAGCACCCAUCCCCACCGAGUUCCAGGCCCUCUCCGGAGCUGGAGGCUCGGGAGCGCAUCCACCACCACCGCAUCCGUGGCCUGGAGGAGCAGAUCGCGCUGCUGAAGGGGCAGGAGCUCCACCGGCACCCCACCAGCAUCUGAGGAGCUUCCAUGGGCCCAUCCAUGGGAUGUGGCUCUGGGCAGCCUGCUCGACAUGAAGAUGCCCCUGCUCGUUGCAGGGCGGUUGGACUCGAUGAGCUCUGAAGGUCUCCUCCAACCCAAACUGCUCUGUGAUGCUCUGCCGCCUGCAGAGACCGGCCACAACUCAUCACACGGGUGAGGGAGGAAGCACUCCCCAUCCCCAUGCUCAAGCCCUCAUCUGUUUGUGUCUCAUCAUCCCCUUUUUCUGGCACUUUCCCAACAAGAUGACACUUGUGUAUUUUUGAUACAAAUUGGGUGGGUUUUCCCAUUUUUUAUGGCUAUUUUUAACAAAAGGUUUGGAAUUACUCCUGGUUUUUAGCCCUGUCCCUUCACCAGCCAAGCUAC